CGUUGGGGGUGAGGUGUCUGUGGAGGAGGUGCAGCCUCAGGCCGUUGCCGGAGGCGUCUGAUCCGUGUCUUAUCAGUUCUGAAGACUGUACACAAGUGGAGCCGAAUAAGGACAAGCUGAAUUGUUCUGCUUGGCUUUUAGGUGCCUGCCUUGUCAGCCCUCCAGCUGUCCCUGGAAAGACACCAUGCCUCGCGGUCAGAAGAGUAAGAUCCGUGCCCGGGAGAAACGCCAACAGGCCCGUGGCAUGACCCAGAGCCCCAGGGUCCCUCAGAUCACCGCAGAAGGGGAAGAAGAGUCUUCCCCGUCCGCCUCUCCUGCCUGUGGAGGACGCAGCUCUCCUUGCAGCUCUCCUGCUGCCUGCUCUCCCCCAGAGUCUCAGGGAGACCCACCCACUAGCUCCCCUGAUGCAGGUGCCUCAGGCACAAAAUCUGAUGUAGGGGCCCAGAGCCUGGAGGAGGCAAGUCCAAUAACCUCUCAGGCAGCAUUUGCUGCCCUAUGGUCAUGCAGAGAUCCUCUCACCAGGAAGGCCGGUCAGUUGGUACAAUUCCUGUUGGAGAAGUAUAAAGAGAACCAGCCNNUUACAGAGGCAAUCAUGUUAAAGGUUUUAAGCAGGAAGUAUAAGCAGCACUUCCCUGAGAUUUUGAGGAGAGCCUCAGAGCGCAUGGAGCUGAUCUUUGGCCUAGAGUUGAAGGAAGUUGACCCUGUCAGUCACUCCUAUGCUCUUGUGAGCAAGCUAGGCCUCUCCAACGAGGGAAGCGUGAGUGGUGACAAGGGGCUACCCAAGACCGGUCUCCUGAUGACGCUCCUGGGUGUGAUUUUCAUGAGGGGUAAUCGUGCCACUGAGGAGGAGAUGUGGGAAUUCCUGAAUAUGUUGGGCUUAUAUGCUGGGAGGAGCCACUUAAUAUUUGGGGAACCCCACAAGUUCAUCACCGAAGAUUUAGUGCGGGAAAAGUACCUGGUGUACCAGCAGGUGCCCAACAGUGACCCUCCAUGCCAUGUGUUCCUGUGGGGUCCCCGGGCCUAUGCUGAAACCAGUAAGAUGAAAGUCCUGGAGGUUUUGGCUAAGAUCAGUGACACAGUCCCUAGUUCCUUCCCUUAUCUGUAUGAAGAGGCUCUGAGAGAGGAGGCAGUGAGGGCAGGAGGGAGAUUUGCAGGCAGGAUUGGCACUGUGGUCCAGGUCAGGCCAGGUCCUAGGGCCAUGUCCCACUGCUCUACCCACAUCUAG